AUGAGCUCGGCGGUUCCCACGACUUACAGCAACCGCCCCAGAACGCGGCAACGACUCCCCAAAGCACCUCCCACCCUAGACGUGCCAAACAUUGACGAAGACGCACCGGAGAGGAAGCGGAUGUUGAACGUCCUGGCCCAGCGCAGAUACCGCGAACGCAAGAAACAAGACCGCCUCGCCAAGGAGAAGAGGCGCGCUGACGGCCCAGAACGCCGGGUGUCUGAGACAUGCGUCGACCACGGCGGCUCUCCUCCUCCGGCAGCAGCCGCUGCUGCUGCUGCUGCUCCUGAUGCCAUUGACCCGAUUGACUCGAUUGCAGACCGCCGCCUUUCGGUGAACGCUGAUCCGGAUAACGGCGCUACUGUGGGAUUCAAUCUGGACGCAUCUGCGGCGUGGCCAGCCGAUCUCUCAGACGACAGCUCGAUAUCGGAGCUGCUGUACGGUACUAACCCACCAAUGUUCAACAACAACAACCCAGACGGCGGCGAGACCGCAAUGGCGGUCCUGCCCAGCCCGCCUUCAACCAUCGACCCAGCGUCCCUCAUGGACAGCGGCGCAUCGCUCUCGCUGCCAGAGUUCCCCGAUAGCUACCUCCUGCCCCUGAGCGAUCUGAAGCUUCUCACAGGACUACUGCGUGUAGCCACGCGCCUGGGCUCCGAGUCCGUAAUGUGGGAUCCUUUGGCGACGUCGCCGUUCGCCCUGGGCACGGGCACGCCGGUCGAGCAGCUGCCCGCGACGUGGAAGCCGACGGCGGCGCAGGUUCUGGUGCCUCACCACCCCAUCAUGGACUUCCUCCCCUGGCCCGACGUCCGCGAUCGGAUUAUCAACCUGUUCAGUCUCCCCGACGGGGCGAGGCCGCCUGCGGCCCGAGGGCAGCUGGGCUUGGUGAACUUUGCGUACGACUUGGAGGAUUCCAGCGAAGGGGCGCGGAUCUGGGGCGGGGACCCGUAUGAUGCGUCGUGCUGGGAGGUCGGUCAGGUUCUGUUUGAGAGGUGGUGGUUCUUGUUUGAUAGGAGUGUUAUUGCGCAGAGCAAUAGGUGGCGGUCGUUGAGGGGUGCUGAGGCGUUGCAGAUGCGGCCGGGCAGUGUGGUUGAUUUGGGUGAUGCCGUUUAG